AAUAUACCAUGUCAUGAUGUUCGGCCAGAAUUCACAAUCACUACGCCAACCCCCGAACUCCUCCUUCUACAUAAGGGACAUUCUAGGACCCGAUUCGAGACCAAUUGGGACAGCGGAAAAGUUUCCAGAAUAUGAACACAUCCAGAGAGACCCGUCCGCGACCACGUACCCUCCGGGUCCUUACACGAGUCACGUGAUGCAGCAUCAACCCCUGGUCCCGUCCACCAGGGCACAUCCUCUAGCUUACAGAGGCUUUCCGAUGGAGUCGUUACUGGACCUACAAGACACGAGUUCUCUUCCAAUUCCGCUUCCUGUUUACAUAAGAUCCCGCUCCCCCGGGGAGACCUCGGGAUUCUUAAAACCAAAGAAGUGUCGGCGGAGUCGUACGGUGUUUACCGAGCUUCAGCUAAUCGGCUUGGAGAAAAGAUUCGAAUCCCAGAAGUACCUGUCUACACCUGACAGGUUAGAGCUGGCGGAUUCUCUCGGACUUUCACAGGUUCAGGUCAAAACGUGGUAUCAGAAUCGACGGAUGAAGUGGAAAAAAUCCAUUAUGCAAAAAGAAAAACCUACAGGGCAGCCAGAUAUCAAAGAAAUUCGGGAAAAGAGUGACUCCUGUGAUCAGACAGACGGACAAAGUGUAAAAUCUCAGACUUCCAUAUCAUCAUCAUGA